GCAUUCGUUCAGAUGCGGUAAAUGCUGACAUUUGAGCCCCGAGAGAAAACUGAAAACACAGAACCACAGAUAUUGUUGCUCGUCGUCAUAAACUAUGGAGACUUACGUUAAAUUAAACACCAAUGCAGCCAUGCCUGUCGUGGGCCUGGGAACAUGGAGGGCCUCUCCUGGACUGGUGUCUGAAGCAAUGAAAGUAGCCAUUGAGACUGGGUACCGUCACAUUGAUGGGGCCUUUAUCUACCAGAAUGAGGCUGAGGUUGGGGAUGCCAUCUGUGCCAUGAUAAAGAAAGGGGUGGUGAAAAGGGAAGACCUCUUCAUUGUCAGUAAGCUGUGGUGCACCUUCCAUGAAAAGUCCAUGGUGAAGGCUGCCUGUCAGAAGACCCUGAAUGACCUGAAGUUGGACUACCUGGACCUUUACCUCAUACACUGCCCCAUCGGCUUAAAGGCUGGAGAUGACCUGUUUCCUCAGGAUGAGAACGAAAAAAUGCUAUGUGACGACACCAACUUUUUAGACACCUGGGAGGGUAUGGAAGAGCUGGUAGAUGCAGGGAUGGUCAAAGCCAUUGGAGUCUCGAACUUCAACCAUGAACAGAUUGAGGCCAUACUGAACAAACCAGGCCUCAAAUACAAGCCUGCCAAUAACCAGAUUGAGUGCCACCCUUUCCUGACCCAGGAGAAGCUGAUCAGCUACUGUCACUCCAAAGGCAUCACUGUGACCGCGUACAGCCCCCUGGGCUCCCCGGACAGACCUUUUGCAGUUGCUGGAGAGCCAUCUCUGCUGGAGGACCCAAAGAUCAAGGCCAUAGCUGACAAGUACAGGAGGACCACAGCACAGGUCCUGAUCCGGUUCCAUGUCCAGAGGAACGUGGUCGUUAUUCCCAAGUCCGCCACGCCUCACCGCAUUAAGGAGAACUUCCAGAUCUUUGACUUUGAGCUCAGCGAGGAAGACAUGGCUACUCUAAUGAGCUUCAACAGAAACUGGAGAGCCUUUACCAUCAGCUGGGGGGUAGACCAUAAAGACUACCCAUUCAAAGCUGAGUACUGAGCUCUCUGUCUGCCACUUAAGGAGGACGGAUCCAUACCAUUGUGCUGAUCUCACUGCCAUCUCCACUCUGCAUCAGUGCUUGAUUCACAUAGCGUCGAGUGUACUGGAAUGAUUACUUCAAACUGUUCAAAAGCUGGCUAAACUUUGUUUCCACCAACAUAUUUUAGCGUUUACAUUUAUAUUUACAUUUAUUUACUCAUAUCCCAUGCAUGAAUAUGUGACGGGUGCUGGAGGAAAGGUCCGCAAGUCGCAAAUCUUGAAAUCGUGCUAGGAGGCAAAAAAGGUUUUUUUAAAAAAAUUUUUUUUACCGUUUUCCUUUUUUUUUCUCCAUAUUACGAAAGUUAAAGUGUUGAAGAAGUCACUCAAUAGAAUAAACAACAUUUUUAGGAUCACUAAAUACUCAUAAUUUGUCAGCAAAGUCGGCUUGUUUUAGUGAUUCUUACAGCUGGGUUUGGGGGUGCAGUUUAAUUAGCAUGUUUGGGUUCGUUGGCUAUUGUAACUUAGUUUCGGUCAAGCCACCGCCCAUAAAUAAAGCCGCGUGGUAGUAGCCUAUGUUUGUUUACUGUGUGAGGUUGCUACAAUGGCGGAUGCUCAAUCAGUAGGUGAGAGUAUAAGCUUUCUAACGAUGUAUAACAUGUCUAAUUUUGCUUUUGGAAUAGCGUUUUAUAGGUCAGCGUAACCGAACAUUUUCUUACCAUGGCAUUCACUCUAUGGGAGCAUUAAAAGACGUUGCACCUAACGGACCCUUGUUUCUGGACCCUUAGCUAUUUUAGACCACUGUUAAUAAUUUAGACAUUUUGGGUAGAUUUGGAGAUGCUGGGUACACUGCUUAGUUUUUGCUUCAUAGAUCUUUAGUAGUUCUACAUAUCCACCCUUAGAUUUUACGAACUUGUGGUCAAGAAGUUUUUGAUCCAGGACAUGUAUACUUUAACCCACAAUCUCCCAGUAUUUCAUUGCGAACUAAAAAAGGAGCAAAUUCAUUUUAGAUUUUUUGCCUUGACCAUUGCAUUUGUGGCACUUUAUUUCUUACAAAAUUAUGAAUAUAAAGUAAUCUAAGCUAGUAUUGCAAAUGGUACAAAUAUAUUGCUUCAUUUAAGACAUUUUUCUAGUCUGUGGUGUUUACAUCUGGAGUUAUAACACUUUAAAUAGGGUAACUCUAAAUGGGCAAGGAUUGACAGGUACUGGGGGGAGUGGGGGAGUGGUUGGGGUGGAGUUAACUAGUUAUUGUUCCCACCCAUUAUCUCCCUGUGAGAAGUGUGAAAAGUUCAAGAUCUUUCAAGGGGAUUUUCUCUGCUACUUGAUUUUAGGAGUACCAACAUUCAAAUAAGCAUAUCUUCUUCAACUAUUUUCAGAUUUCAAAUGUAUGACACAUCAUUUGAAAGCUUAUAAUAUGCACUUUCAUAAUCUGCAAAAAACUGAAAAAUGACCUUGCUCUACUUGAGGACCAAAACACCAGCACCUGUCACAUAUAGGCCUUUAAAAAACAUUCCUCAGAUCUUCCAUAAACUAUGUUAAUAAAAAUGUCUGAACUAUA